AAAAAGCUAAAGAUACCUUGCAUUCCAGUCUCAUUUUGCUCUGCCCUUUGCAAUCAUCUUCCUUCGUUUCCUUUGAUCAUUUCCAAACAAGAUAACAACAUGGCUGAAACUGCAAUUGCAGCUGCUGGCAUGUUUAUCUCUCCCAUCGUCCAAGUGUUUUUUCAAAGAAUGGCGUCUGGCGGCUUCGUUGACUUAUUUCGGGGACGAAAACUCGAUGAUGGGCUCUUAACGAGGUUCAAGAUAAAAUUGCUGUCCGUGAAUGCAGUGCUUAAGGAUGCGGAGGACAAGCAAUUUACAAGGCCUGAUGUGAAAGUGUGGGUUGAUGCUGUCUAUGAUUCUAUCUAUGAUGCUGAGCAAGUCUUGGACGAGAUUUCUACAAAAGCCCAGCAACGCAAGUUGGAUGCUGAAUUUGGAAACUUUGGAAGUAAGGUACGUAACUCCAUCUCUACUUGUCGUUUUCUCAAGAAGGUAGAAAAACAGAUAAAAAAGCUACUUGGCACGCUAGAUUUUCUAGUAGAUCAAAAGGAGGAUUUAGGUUUGAGAGAAGGUACUGUUGGAGGGAAUCCAUCAGAAAGACUGCCCAUCACUUCUUUGGUCGAUGAAUCUCGUAUUUUUGGUAGAGAUGGUGAUAAAAAGGCAAUAAUUAACUCGCUGCUCUCAGAUGGUGCAAGUGGCGAUGAGAUGGGUCCGGGUGUGAUUGCCAUAGUCGGCAUGGGGGGAAUUGGUAAAACCACCCUUGCUCAGCUUGUUUACAAUGAUGAAAUGCUGAAGGACCAUUUUAAGCAUAAAGCAUGGGUUUGUGUUUCAGAUCCAUUUAACGUGUUCAUGGUCAUGAGAACAAUUAUAGAGGCAGUAACUCAAUCACCUUGUGAUAUUAUGGAUAAUUUAGAUCAACUUCAAAAUGGUCUCAAGGAGAGAUUGACAGGAAAGAAAUUCCUAGUUGUUUUAGACGAUGUUUGGGAGAAGAACGUGGACAAAUGGGAGGUCUUACGUAAUGCUCUUAAAUCUGGGGCACAAGGAAGUAUGGUUAUUGUAACAACACGCGAUCAUGAUGUGGCAAAAAUCAUGCAUGGUAAAUAUCAUCCUAUAACGGAUUUAUCAAAAAAUGAUUGUUUGUCACUAUUUGCAAAAUAUGCAUUAAUCCCCAAUGGUAACUUUAAUGCAUAUCCACAACUUAAAGAAAUAGGAAGCCAAAUCAUAGAAAAGUGCAAAGGCUUACCUUUAGCAAUCACGGCAAUUGGUGGUCUUUUGCGGUCUAAUUUAUGUUUUGGUGAAUGGGAUAAGGUAUUGAGAAGUGAAUUAUGGGAUUCACCAAUUACACAUACAGACAUCCUUCCUGCUCUAAUUUUAAGUUAUAAAUAUCUUUCGCCACCUAUAAGGAGAUGCUUUGCAUACUGCUCCAUAUUUCCAAAGGACCAUGCUUUCAAAAAAGAUGAAUUAGUCUUAUUAUGGAUGGCAGAAGGGUUUUUGCCGCAACCCCAAAACAUAACAAUGGAAGAAGUUGGUGAUAAUUACUUCCUUACUCUUGUAUCGAGAUCAUUACUCCAACGAUCCAAGAGCUAUGUGCAUGAUGUAUAUGUAAUGCAUGAUCUUGUCAGUGAUUUGGCAAAGUUUAUAAAUAAAGAGUUCACUUUAUGCCACAAAGAUGACUAUUCUCGUGAAAUUCUAAGCAAGACUUGUCAGUUCUCAUUUCCUUCUAAAAAUUUUGAUAUUAAGAAGUUAGAGACCUUUCAGGAAUCUAUGAGGUUGCGCACUAUCAUAGGUUUAAAUCAAUUCUCAGUUGAUGAUUUCGGAUCUAGACUCAAAAUUUUAUUACCGCUGAUAAGAUGCUUACGAGUCCUUAUUCUAUCUCAUUUGACAAUGAGUGAGUUGCCAGACUCAAUUGGUAAAUUUAAACAUUUACGUUAUUUGAGCCUUCGUAAAUCUUGGAUUGAAAGGUUACCUGAUUCUAUAUGUAAAUUGUGCAAUUUGCAAAUAUUGAAUUUAUCAUGUUGUCGACGUCUUGCUGCCUUGCCAAGAGAUAUGCAUAAACUCAUUAAUUUGCGUCAUCUUGAUAUUGCUAGAACUAGGAUAAUGGAGAUGCCGAUAAAUCUGGGUAAACUAAAAUGUCUUCAAACAUUAUCUACAUUUAUCGUUAGCAAUAGUGGAUGUGGCAUUGAAGAGCUAGGGAAACUUACAAAUCUUCGAGGAUCACUUUCUGUUUUGGUGCUCCAAAAUGUUGAAUCUCCAAUGGCUGCUGAGGGUAGAAACUUGAGGGAUAUGAAGUACCUUGAGAAUUUGGUUUUGAAGUGGAAAGGUGAUACUAAUGCUUCGGAAAGUCAUAAAAUCAUACUUGAUUGUCUCCAACCCCAUACAAACUUGAAAAGCCUCACUAUCAAAGGUUAUGGGGGCACAAGUUUUUCAGACUGGAUUAGGGAUGCUUCAUUCUCUAAUAUAGCGUCUAUUCUUCUACAAAAUUGUAAAUUUUGUUGUAGCUUGCCACCACUUGGGCAACUACCCUCUCUGCAGGAACUCUCUAUUGUUGGGUUGGAUGGAGUUGUUACGAUAGAUCGUCAGUUUUAUGGCAGUGGAUCUCCUUGGAUGAAGCCAUUUGGAGCCUUGAAAUCUCUAUGUUUUUCUAAGAUGUUGGAGUGGGAGAAAUGGUCUCCCUUUGAGGCUGGAAACGAAGGUCGAGCUUUUCCUAAUCUUAGAGAUCUUUCGAUUUGUGAUUGCCCUAAGCUUACAAGUGGGUUGCCCGCCCAUCUUCCUUCUUUAGCCAAAAUUUUCAUUUAUGAUUGUCCCCAGCUGGUGGCUUCAAUCCCUAAGGCUUCUUCUCUACGUACACUGGAUUUUUCAAAUUGCAAUACGAUUCUAUUAAACCAAUCGCCAACUGGAAUACAGGAGCUUAGCAUCACAAGCUGUCGGAAGUUAGAGCUCCCAAUGCACUUGAACUAUUCAUCGCUUGAAAUUUUGACGUUGGACGGUUGUGGUUUUCUCAAGUCCUUUCCAUUAUUCCCAAAGCUUCGUCGUCUGGAAAUCUCAAAUUGUAAGGAUCUAGAAUCUCUUACAGUUGGAGAACAACUUGAACAAGAUUUACUCCUCUCGCAGAUAGAAAUCUGGAAGUGCCCAAAUUUUGCAUAUUUUCCACAUGGAGGAUUGCGGGCCCCUAACCUUAAAGAUUUUACGAUCAAACAUUGUAGGAGUCUUCGGUCACUACCUGACAACAUGCACAUACUUCUUCCCUCUCUUGAGAAAUUGGAUAUAGAAGAUUGUCCACAAGUUGAGUCGUUUCCUGAAGGGGGCUUGCCUUCCAAUUUGAAUGAAAUUAUCAUCAGAUGGUGCCCUAAUUUUGCAUAUUUUCCACAUGGAGGAUUGUGGGCCCCUAACCUUAAACAUUUUAUAAUCUACGAUUGUAGGAGUCUUCGGUCAUUACCUGAAAAUAUGCACAUACUUCUUCCCUCUCUUGAGAAAUUGGAUAUAAAAGAUUGUCCACAAGUUGAGUCAUUUCCUGAAGGGGGCUUGCCUUCCAAUUUGAAUGAAAUUUCCAUAUUCGGUUGUGACAAACUCUUUGCAAGCCAGUUGGGGUGGGGUUUGCAAACUCUCCCGUGUGUUAGAAGAUUCUCAAUCGGUGACAAAUUUGAAGAUGCAGAGUCCUUUCCAGAUGAGGGGUUGCUGCCUACCAAUCUUACCUAUCUUUUCAUCGGGAAUUUUCCAAAUUUGAAAUAUUUCGACACGAAGGGGAUUCAACACCUCACUGCUCUUGAAAAAUUGGAGAUCUGGCGCUGCCCUAAGUUAGAGUGCAUGUCAGAAGAUGGGCUACCUGCCUCCCUUUCUACUCUAAGGAUCGGCUACUGUCCUUUGUUGGAGAAAGAGUGGGAAACGAAAGGAGAAGAAUGGGGCAAGAUUGCUCACGUCCCCAACAAAUAUAUUCUUGAUUACUCCAUAGGCCACUGACGGAUUGAAUGAGCUAAGAGUCCAACAAGAGUCUCCACUUUAUUUUAAAGUCAGAGAAAUACGCUAGGGCUAUAGGUCUUCUUUUCUUCUAGAUGUUAACUUCUCCGUGAUGUUUAUCAGGAAUUAUAAGCGGCGGGAGAAAGGGGACCGAGUACUUAUUGGUAUUCACUCUCCCAGUGAACUGGAAACGCAGUUGAAUGAUGCUUCAAUGGCAUCUCUCCUGGUGUUGUGGUGUGCCUUGAAUCAAGUGAAGUGUGGCCCAGCUGUGUUGGAGUUGAGUUGGCCGACUCAACUAUCUCCAAGUCCUCCUAGGUGUAGGAGUUUGAGAAGCUUAUAAAAGGGCAUGUGAUGUUCAGAAUUUUAUAGGGUGCAAAACGUGAGUAGCAGCUUGUGUGCAAUGUUAUAGUGAGAAUUGGGUGUAUCGGGAUUUUGGGUUCUGAGUGAUUUUCUCUCUACUAUGUUUUGUACUUCAUCUUCAUAGUAAAUUUAUUCGUGAUUGCCUCUA